CUGGUAUGCAUAGAUAUUUCAACGUGCUUCUGCCUUGGAGCUCAUGCUCGACCCACAACAAGCUGCGCUUUGCUCAGUCGUGCUCGAAUUCCUUGAAGUCGCUGUCCAUACUGUCCUAUUUACGCGUGGGAUAUAUCACAAAGACGCAUUUGAGCGAGUCCGCGCCUUCAAUACCUACUGCCGUCGCUCGCGCCAUCCAGAGCUCAACAGCUAUAUUUCUUCCACCAUCAGCCGUCUGCGGCCCUUGAUCGAGUCGGGUCACCUGCGAGAGCUCGCUGUGCUGGUUUUCGACAGCCGGUCAUCGGUGGUGGAGCGCGUGAGCUUCUGCACACAGCUGCUGGCAUCGUCUACAUUGGACCAGGCGCAACAGGCGCAGGGCGCGGUGGACGUGGACGCGCUGGAGGCAGGGCUGGGCUCGGCACUGCUCAAGCUGCAAUUCAUAGACAGCCUGCUCAAGCCGCUGCCCCAGGGCUGUACAUUUGAGCUGGCGGCGUACAGCACGUCGCGCUCGGGGGUGGACGCCCAGUACUUUGGGGAGGAGAGCUCGGGGGCGCUGGAGCUGCGGCAGCCGGUGACAGGCACCCCGCUGAAAACCGUGUGCGUGCCGGGCUGCAUCAACAUGCAGGUUCUGGUUGAGGAGGCUGCGCGCGGCUAGAGCAUCUACAAUCCACCCGCCU